AUGCUUUUCGACCAAGGAGAAGCAGCACCAGGACAGAAAUGGCGACCAGAAUCCGUCGGUCUAGAGGAUACGCAGCUCAGAGUUGAGCCAAAAUUUGAGCCUACAGCUGAAUCCUGGUCUAGAACUAUAUCUAAGGACCCUCAGCCUAAGGAGACUGUAUUCCGCCGUACAGCCCUGGAUGGCGCGAAGAGCAAUAACCACAUAGCAUUCCGACAACCCGAUCCCAGCGGCAAGAAGAAAGAAGUGAGACAAGUAGUGACGCUCUACGGUCUAUUUAACGAAAUAACCAUAGCAGAAGAGAAAAUCUUGCCGAAGCGAAUCCUAAUCCAUGGAAGGCCAGGCAUCGGGAAAACAACGCUCUGCAAACGUAUAAUGUAUGAGUAUUCCACGCAUAAGAGCCUUAAAAGAAAAUUUGAUCUAGUGGUUCGGGUACCCGUCAGAAAACUUGGACAAUUCGAUGAUCUGGCAGAUCUAUUAUUCGCCGAGUAUUUCUGUGUUUUUGUGAGAGGCCGUGAGCUGUCUAGGACCCUCAGAGAAAUCAUUCUAAGAGAUAAGAAAAAAGACGACCAAGAUAACGUUCUAAUCAUACUGGACGGCCUGGAUGAGGCUCGGACCGAGGGCUAUGCCUUGUUAAGAAAACUUAUGGGGCAGCCUAUGAUUAUCAUUACGUCCAGAUCUUACAAUACUAGCACUCCCCCACCAGUUGACCUCCAGCUAGAAGCUUUAGGGCUCAAUUCGAAGAGUGUGGAGGCAUAUCUAGACAACGAAGCCAUGGUGCCGGCAGAGAUGGCUAAUGAUAUCCGCCAAUUCCUGAAACUUUUAUCGCGGAGAUGGAGGAACGCAUUACAAGCCGUUUCCGAGAGUGGAAAGGACAAUGGCCAACCAACAACAACAGCUCUCUACCAGGACGUUACACGUGCAUUAUUCCGCAAAGAUAUCCCUACGCUAGAGAAAUACGACUAUAGCGAACGGAUAACAGAAGAGACCGUUGCAGCCGUUAGAGAUCCGGCCCGCCUAGAGCGUGCGUUUCAUGCUGAAAGUGAACUCUUAGGGGAAAUAGCCAUUAGCAUGAUGGAGAAUGACCAGCUUGAGUUUACUAGGGUGGACAUCACUAGAGGCAUUCGGCAUUGGGAAACCAGAAAAAGGUCUCAGCUGCCCUUAAGUGUAGAGAGAAACCUGUCAAAGUUGUCGCUUAUUCGCUCGCCUUCUACGGGGGAUCGUGGGAGAUAUAGCUUCAUCCAUCUCACGUUCCAGGAGUUCUUUGCUGCUCGAUACAUAGUCCAGAACCGGACAUUCAUGGAGGAUCAAUUAAGAAAGCACAAAUAUAAUCACCACUACGAAAUUGUCUGGAGAUUCGUCUCUGGGCUCCUAUCGAGCGCCGAAGAUCUAAAUCACUUCUUUGAUAUGUUCGACCAAGAACCACGGGACCUGGUGGGUACCCAGCAUAUUAAUCUACUCUUGCAAAACUUCCAUGAAGGCGGAUCCCGAAUGGAGCCAAAUCGACAGAACGAGAUUCGAAAUAGACUGGCAGACUGGCUCCGGCUGGAGAUUGAUAUUUCUUGGAUGAGUAGACUCGGCGCUCGCAUGGACUUUCCGGAGAAUCUCCUAUUAGAUCAAUUAGAACAGGCAGAGAAAUCGCUAAUUCGGGAAUUAUUAUGGACAAUUCGGAAACGGACGUCACUCUCGGAAAGAUUCAUUGGAGAAGUAUAUAAAUGGGCUUGUAGAGCUCUCCCAGACCAACGAAAAGAUUGGGAUUUCAAGACCCAUUUAUCACUCGAGGACGUCAAAAAUGGUAUAGAAAACAAAAGAAUCUCCUGGCCAGAUAGAUUGAAGCUCGAUAAGACUGCCAUCUCUCUCAUAGAACAGAUGCAAGAAGACCCACGAUCGAUCAGAUACAUAGAGAAUCUAUUAGUGAGGGCCAAAAAUUUAGAUGACACGAAUGUCAAGGAGCUAAAUCGUUUGCUAAGAUCGGGCAACGAAGAUUUGAGCGAUGUAGCUGCCGAGAUCCUCAUGAGGCAGUCUACGCUAUCACAAGAAACGGUUGAUAUUGCGAUUGAGGUUAUAAUCGAGAGUGGUAGAAAUUCAUACGUAAAUCCCAACAACGAUGAAUCGUUAAGGGGCCCCGAACGGUGGCACCCUUUGUCGCAACACCCCGAUUUACAUCGUAAGGCCGUUCCUCGAUUAUUAGACCACAUAGAAAAAUCUCCGUCUGAAGAAAGGUUCGAAUCGUUUUGGUUGAUGUUCUAUCACGCAGCCCUAGAACCCAAUGAUAUAGAAAGAUUGGCGGCAGUUUUUCAGAAGAGCAUAGAGGGGUUAAAAGGAUUCAACGAUAAUGAUAAUUCGACCUCUCACAGUGGCGUAAGCCCGGAGAAAGGGCGGUGGUACCGAUUGAAACUUCAAUUGGCUCGGGUCUUGAUGCGGUCCCCGAAUCUACCAGGACAUGUUCUCAAUUUGUUUGUAAAGUUAAUGGGCGAUGCGGAUAUAAAAAUGUUCAAAGCGGCUGAAAAAGCCUUCCAGAGACAGGACGAGCUAGGCACUGAUACUUUGAAACAGCUUGGAGCCUUGUUCGCGUGUAUUGAUUGCAAGUGGGAAGUUGCGCGUGCUCUCCGGGGUCGUCUUAAUCUUCCCUCGGAGGUACGUACAUGGGCCAUUAAACAGGUUGAGCAAAUGCUCCAAUCCAAUGAAUGGGUUGGGAAUAAAGGACUCGUUACAACCGCUCUUCAAUGCAUUGAAGGCGAGUCUAAUCUCUCAGAAAACUUGAUAAAAAAAUUGCUGGAAAUUUGGCCGAAUCUGAAUUUCGGAUCGGAUUUCGAUGUGUACUUGGAGGGAAUGAAAACUCUAAUUCAAAGGCAAAAGAGGUUAAACGACAAGGUCGUCGAGGCCUUUAUUAAUAGGUUCAUUGGUUUUUGCGAGAAAGAAGUCUGGGAGUGGAACUUUACGGAUAAUGCUAGGGAGAUCUCCGCUAUUUGUCGCAUGCCGAUAUUUGCAAGGCCGUUAAUUAAUACGAUGAAGGACACGGGUUCACUCAGGGUGGUGGCGGGUGUCAGUUACGUUUUUGACUCGGAAUCGGGAUUGACUCCCGAUGUGGCUGAUUGCUUAAGGGAUCUAAUAAAGGAUCUAAUAAAGCGUGUACCGACUGCCAAAUUAACAACCUUCAAAUCCGAAGCCGCCGUCAAGAUCCUCGCCCGUCAAACAAACCGUCCUACGCAAGAUGUUAUUCUCCUCCACAACUACUUCAAUGAACAGUCUUCUAGUGACCUAUUUAACUUCUGGAGGCACAGCCACAUAGCGGAGUUCUACGGCAAUAUAGAGAAUAUUUAUCAUUCAACUAAGGAUGACUCGAGGAUAGGAAAAUUACUUCGAUGGUCUUUCCUGGAUGAUGAUAUCCGGAUGGGCGGUGUCGCAUCCGUCUAUAUCGAUGGCGAUACUAUUCGGUUCUAUGAUUCUGGGGAACAAUUGGUUUCUCGACGUCUAAAAAAUGAAAAUAAAUUCCGAGAAAUAUACCGGGAAAUACAAAAAGCGGCUGGAAUUCCGGAGUGGGCACGCAUUCGCUCCGAGAAAAAAAGUAAGAUAACUGAUUAUUUAAGACUGCCUGACUGCCCAGGUGACGUUUUCGAGGAGUAG